AUGAAGGAAGUUUUGGGCAGUGCAUUGACAAAAGAUGUCCAUGACGCUUGGGAAACUGCAUACUGGGCUCUUGCGAAUGUUUUGAUCAGCCGGGAAGCCGCUCUCUACAAAGAAAACUCUGGUUGGACUACUUGGCGCAACUUUAUAGUUGUCAGGAAGAAUAUCGAGUCUAGUGAGAUCACGUCCUUCUACUUAAAGCCGACCGAUAAAGAACCACUCCCAAUCUUCCAUCCGGGCCAAUACAUUUCGGUGAAAGUCGACAUUCCUAGGCUCAAAUAUCUGCAACCUCGUCAAUACUCUCUCAGCGACAGGCCCCGAUCUGAGUUCUAUCGAAUCAGCGUUAAGAAAGAGACAGGGGCAGGUCCUACGUCGGGCGUGAAUAACCCCUUUGGCUAUGUUUCGAGCGUUCUUCACGAUGAUACUGAAGAAGGGGAUACCAUCCAAGUAUCCCAUCCGCGCGGUGAUUUCUUCUUGACUUCUGAGCAGUCAACACAUCCUCUCGUGCUGCUAUCGGCUGGUGUAGGGAUCACUCCAUUGAUGUCAAUUCUGAACACUAUUGUGGCAACCUCCAGUCGCCGCAAGGUUCACUUCAUUCAUGGCUCGCGUACUACCAAAGCACGGGCAUUCCAAGACCAUGUCCAAACCAUAUCCAAAAAGCAUCCCAACAUCCAGGUGACACUCUUCACCGCCGAGCCCUCCGAUGAGGACGCCGAAGGGGUCACAUAUCAUCAUGCUGGACGCGUGAAUCUCGAGGCGUUGGACCUAGAGGCUGACCUGUAUCUGGACAACAAGCAGACGGAAUACUAUGUCUGCGGCCCCGAAGGCUUCAUGAGCGAUACGGCGGCAGCCUUGAAAGCGCGCUCAGUCCCCUCAGAUCGGAUCAAAUUGGAGCUAUUCGGAACUGGCGGUGUGCCGCAAUAA